ACGAAAGCGCGAGUCAACUUCCAGAGAAAUAAGGCCUCGUACAACUUCUUGCACAGACAAAUGUCGGCCGUGAGUCGGAAAAUUGUACGCCAGAAAAAUACUCUUGAGCGGUGGAUUUCGUGCCGCCAUUGGUGCCUUUUGGCAUCCGCGGACAGCCGGCGCUUUCUUAUUUCUAGUCAGACCUGCACUGAAUAGGAACUAAAAAAACUUUGUUCCACAAUGUCCAACUCGGGCCCCACUCCGUCCUCCCCGUCCUCCGCCCCCCUCGGGCCCGCAGUAGCACCGGCGGAUGCUGCGGCGCAGCAAUACAGUGGCGAAGACGCUGACGGGAGUACGGGAACAAUCAUGGCGGGGGCAGCCGGAUCUGGCGCGACCAUUCCCCUUCCCGAUCCAAGUCUCAAGUCCUACAACUGGAACGCCUUCCGCUAUAUCGCCGACUACCUCCACCUGGUUGGCAUCAUGCUCUUGCUGUUUUCCCUCGCGAGGAAAAAGAACUGCCGGGGGCUGUCGCUGAAAACCCAGAUUCUGUACUUCACGAUCUUCUGCACAAGGUAUCUCGACUUACUCGAGCGGGCACAGACCAUGUAUCUGGUCGUCUUCAAACUCACUUUUCUGGCGACUUCGUUCAUUAUCUUGCUGGCUUUCUUGCUAUUCAUCAAAAUGGAUCCGCUGCGUGCGUACGAGUCGGAAAAGGACACCGCGAGCAUGACGGCGAUUCUGGUAUUUUUAAAGUUGAUCCGUGCAGCUGCUGCGGCUGCAUGAGAAAAGAGUUUUGUCAUGCCUGAUUUGCUAUAUAGCAGUCAAUCGAGGAUAUGGAUAUGAGCAAAGAAAAGGAUAAAAAUCGCACUUUACAACUUCAGGUUCCCUGCUUUAUCGGCGCUUGCGUGCUGACGAAAUACAAGUCUUUUCUGGAAAUCGCAUGGACCUUCUCAGAGUACCUGGAAGGCUUCGCUAUGGUUCCCCAGUACAUUUUCUGCUACCGGGAAAGCGCCGCAACGAUCGCGCGGGAACAGCUGGUGCUGUACUACAUCAUCUGCUUGGGCCUGUAUCGGGUGUUUUACGCGUUUAACUGGAUGUACAAGCUCGCCGUGGACCCGGAUUACAGGUACUUAUAUAAAGGAGAAGCGUUUAUUUUCUGUUGAUGUAUUCGUUCGUGCCGAUGCAUGACAAACAACCACUUUCAUGCGCACUUGUGCAACACAAAUUGCCCACCAAGUACUUACUGCAACAGGGACCCCCAAUCCUGGCUUGGCGGGUUGAUCGAGAUCGUUUUCUUCGCGGAUUUAUCUUGUGCAAAAGUAUCGUAUUCGUAUAAAUGCAAGUCUUGCAUUACAAAUGUUCUUCUGAAGGCAAAUCCGCAUUACAGAUUUCAUUUCUCAUGCUGAGGAAAUUUGUAAUGCAUUUAUACGAGUACGAUACUUUUGCAAUGCAUAGGAUUUCCUCUGUUGUAUCCCCUGCACAAUGAGUUUACAGCAUCGUACUCGUACAUGAAAUUGCGUUUAUGUAUUACAAAUGGUUAAUCGUAAGGUAAAUCCGCAUGACAAAUUCCACUUGUCAUGUUUUGAAAGUUCUUGUAAUGCAAGUUUACUACUAGUAUGAUAUUAGUUUUGCAAUGCAUACGUUACCAGCUGGGCCACUUUUCCUUUCUCCGGUCCGCAGUGUUGACGGUGGACGACGGCUAUCAACUGCAAAAAUGUCUGGGUCUGGAAAAGUGUGAUGCUGUUUGUGCAUGACACAGAGGGUGGUCUAGCAUGCAAGUCCUAGCAACACAGGUUUCGAGCAGGUUAGGCGAUGCCGAAUCCGCAUGACAAGUUCCCUCUUUUGGUGGGAAGAAGUGAGCAACUUUUGCGGUCCAUGCAUGACAGAUUUUUUUCUGGUCUCAAAUACGCAUCAGAAGUUUACAUGUUUCCAGACCCAGACACUUUUGCAUUUGAUAACGGCGUGAAUGUGCUGGUAGAGAAAGUCAUCAAGAAGGACAUAGCGUCUGUCACCAGCGGCUCACAAACCGGCACGGAGCUGCGGCAGAGACGGGGCGGCAUCGGCAUGAAAUCUGAGUACGAAAUGGUCGGCUCGGCGGAUCCGACUGGGGGAGCGGUGGGAGCGGAGGAGGAUCGGGUUUAACAAGCGCUGAGCGAUUCUCUCAAUCGCGAUGAAUCUGGUGCGUGGACGCAGAACUUCACUUGCGAGAACCAGAACCACAUGAGUCACCUCUGGACAACAGCGCAAAUAAGGUGUAUAGAACACAGGUGGACGAAAACCGGUCGGAGAGACCUCAAAUGUACAGUUAACAAAACUCAAAUUUUUGCAAGAACUAGCGGUCGUUGCAAGUUGAUACUGAGCGAAUUACGAACUGCGAGAAUUUGACGCAAAAAAAAAUCAUCCCCGAGCACGAGCGAGCUAAAAGUAAAACUACUCAAACGUAUUCUCUAAUGGCCGUUCUUCGACAGGAGGAACGUGUUCAUCUUCAUCCAAAAACCAGGCUCUUCUGUCAACAUUCUCAUCUUC